AUGUCACGCUUCGGGCUAACGUUGUCCAGGCGUACUCUGCGGACGUACAGCAAACGAUUGCGCCUGACCGAAGAUGAGAGUGGCCCGGGGCCGUUGAUGAAGAAGCGCAAAGUCGACACAGAACCGGCCACGCGUACGCCAGACCUCCCGAGGCUUCCUCCUGCACAGCCUGCGCCGCCAUCAAGCAACAUACCCAAGAGCUCCAUCCUCAGCUAUUUCAAACCGUGUCGCUCGAGUUCAGCCACCGAAUCCUCCGACCUGCUGUCCGAGUCCGACAAGUUGAUCAGCACCCCGCCGUCGCCGCCCCCAGUUUCCCGAAAGACGAAAGAGCCCCGCCGGCUGAGGCUGAGGCCUAGCACGCCCAUAUACCCCUCGUCGGACACGACGGAAGACUCGACAGACCACAAUGAAGAAUACCGAGACAUCGAUAGGCCAGGUUUAAGGAAGGGCUUGAGGUCAAGGACACGAAGCACGAGAGAACGUUGGGACACUGCCAAUGUCGACGGGCUUGGAGACGAAGAAGAGCCGAAAUCGUCUUCCGUCCCCAAAAAAACACAAGUACGGCCAAAGCCGGUCGCCACGGUGCAGACCACAAUCAACCUCUCGUCGAAGCCCACCUUCAUGGAGUGCAAGACAUGCCGCAUCGUCUACAAUCCGCUGCACCCCGCCGAUGUCAAAUACCACUCGCAGAGGCAUGCGGUCUUCCUCCGGGGCAGGGCUAAAGCAUGA